UGGGUGCACUUUAUUAUAUUUUAUUAAAAAAAAGUUUAUACGAAAGUUUUAUGGUUUAAAUUAAAUUUAAAAACUAUUUAUUUUUUAUACAUGCAGGGUCUCCUAUAUAUCUUGUUACUUUCGAAAAUCAAUGAAAUCGAAUUUUCAAUAGUAUCUGCGCUCGUAUAAAAAUUUUAUAUCUCGGUGACGGGAUCGCCGUUGGUACAGAAAUGAUCACCGUCGAAAAAAAAAUGUUUUUUUUGUCCGUUCUCCGUUCUCGUCUUUUGGUUUUUCCUGAAUAACUUUCGAACUGCAUGGUUUCAGAAAAAACUUAUUUUUUCGAAAACCAUUUACUAUUUUCAAAAAAUGCUUGAACCAGGGCGCGUGGAAAAUCCAGAGCUAUAACCUCUACUUCAAACAAUGAUUGUAUCAUAUACAGGGUGUGUCGUUUAUGGUCAAAAAUUCUAAAAUAUCCUAAAAUUGUUCGUUGUUGUUUAGUUAAUGGGGCUACAUUUACUGUUGUUUGUACUGUUAUCGUUAUUGUUACUUGUUUUAAAUUUUUAAACUUUUAUCAUAAUUAUGCAUAUUAUUUUAUAUCGUUGACGAUAUAAAAAAUGAUGACGUUUUAACUUCCUAAAUCUCUAAAUGUCUGUAAUAACUUAACUACAAAAAAGACCCAUAACCGGUAGCAUAAAUCCUGAAAAUUAAUUAAAAAAUAAGAAUAAUUUUUAAAAUAAUUAUAUGUGCUUUUACACGAUUUGAAGAAAAAUAUCGUCUCUUCUUAAAAAAAUGAAUACUGCAAGUUGGAAUUUUUUAAAAAUGUCACACCCUGUAUAAUUUUAAAAUACGAAGUCAUCGCAGAUAGUUGGAAUACACAAUUUCAAUUUUUGUUCAAAGUACACAAAAUUCGAAUAAGUAGUUACCUUUAUUUUUGGCAAGGAUUCUAAAAAUAUUAAAAUCGGACACCCUGUAUAUAUACAAAAUAAAUAAUUUAAAUUUUUAAUUUAAACCAUAAAUCUUUUGUAUAAACUUUUUGUUUUCUAAAAUCAGUAGUCCCACUCAGUACGUCAUUGCAAGUAUAGUUGGAGGAUUCUCUUUCUAACCUAACCUUAAUGUAUACAGUGAUGUAGAUACGAGGGUCGCAUUCAGCCCUGGCGAAAGGUAAUCUAAAAACCAAAAACCGCGGUGAUUUGUCGAAAAUGGCUGCCAAAAAAAAACUACUCUCCUUCACCGCCUUCAGAAAAAGAACGUCAUUACUAAUUACAAUGUCCCUUGCUUUUUCUGUGUGGUUGACAAAAUUUUUCCAGUGCAAAACCAAAUUAGCUAAAUCCCAUAUAUUAAAAUCUGGUACCUCCGAAAGGUCCAGAAUUAUACUUCCACUGAUAGAAAAUCACCAGCUGAAACAAUUGUAUUGUACCAGCUAACGUUGUACCAACAACAAAUGCCUCUAGCUAUAAUAUUUCGCUUCUUGUGUGGUGUGAUAAUUCACAUUUGUUUGGCGUUGUAGUAUCAGAAAAUAGUUAGGUUAGGUCAUAGAUUCGCAUUUGCUGCCGUUGUUCACAAUAUUCCGUGACAGUUGGCCAUUGGGAAGUAAAUUGUAAAAGAAGAAGAAAAAGAUAUUCCGUGACUUUGAAAGAACUGCCGUCUUAGUUUUUGUCUUUUGAUUUUUUCACCUUUACAAAUUUCAUUCAGCGCCCCAGAACAUUUGUAAUCAAUAAAUUUCAACACGCCUGGCCAAAUAACAGUAAAAAAAACUCAACACGCGACGGCAACCUGGCCGCCCGAGAUCCCGACGUGUACGACCGCCUUGAGCCUCGUUUUUUUUUUCCGCCGCGAAUGAAAAAAAUGUAUCGGACGAUGGACGAGCGAGAAAAAAAAAACGUACGCGAUAGUUUCCGUUUUCGUGUGCGGUGCCGCGUCAUGUUCUUAAUGAAUUGAAUUUUCAUUUUAAAAUACUAAUUGCAAUCACACUCACGAGGAUGGCGUACUUUAAACCCUACGAGCGGUGCUACAGAGCCCAGAAGCGGAUCCAGGGGGAGGACGUUUUCGGGAACAAAAUCAAGGUCCUGUCGCCGUCGGUGAGAUGUUAUUCGGGCAAAAAAGUCAAGAGCGUCGGCCAGUCGACGCCCUUCGUCGCGGCGGCGCAGCCGGCGCCACCUCCGCCCCCAGGCUUCACAUCGGAGGGCGUCGUCACAAUGGAUUCGUGUCAGCAGCAGCAGCAGGCGUCGACGAGCAGGAACGCCUGCAAGCCGAUCCUCGGCAGGCCGUGCACUCCGCAGGAGCCCUUCUUCAAACGCGUCCACACCUUCAGCGGCAGCUCGGACCAAUCAGACGGCAGUUUGAGGCCGGUGGACCUCAACAUCACCAAUCUGGACCCCGCGAUCGAGCCCAAGGAGCUACGCAACCUGCUCGCCGCCAUGAUUAAGGAGUACGCGAUGAUCCUGAGCCUGAGCGUGUCGCAGCAGGCGGACGGAGCGCCGGUCGCUCACCUCCGCGUCGGUAGUCAGCAAGAGGCCCGAUUCGUCAUAUCGAAACUGCACCGUCAGAAAUUGGGACACAAGAGGAUCACGGUCUCCUACGUCGAGCAAAGCAACCAGCCCGAUCCCGAUCAGCUGAAGGCGAUGACGGUCAGCAUUCUGCAGGAGGCGCCGGACCAGUCGAUGCCGCUCUUCAAGUUCAUGGACCUCCUCGAGUCCCGUUUUCACUGCACCGUGUCCGUGUCGGACGUCAAUCGUCUCAAGGACGUCGCCCGUAUCGCUGACAGGCUCGGCUCACGCGUCAUAUCCCUCACGAAGGAGGUCAAGGUUUCGCCUCCGCCCACAUUGAGCACGACCAUGGUGCCGUUCUGUACGAUCCAUUGUCCCGACGGUCUGCGAGGAAGUCGCGGGUGGUGCGAGGAGUUUAAUACGUCCCAAGUGCCCAACGUGCAGGUGUCGUUGGGCAACUUCGCGUCCGCCCUGAUGCGGCUGCUGGACGUCCAUCUGGGCAGCAUGCCGUUGCUGAGCUUCCAGGCGUGUUACGAGCAAGAGUUCCGGGUCGCGUUACCCGUCGACGAUGACGGCGUGCCCCUCGAGCACCUGGUCACCUGCGUGCCGCGAGCGGAACUCCUGCUGGUCGGACCGAACCGCAAUAUCAAGAUCGUGACGGCGCGACCCGAGAGUGGCGACGAGGGCGUGGCUAGGGCGGCGACCGUGGCCGCCCCCCUCGCGCCCAACGUCAACCUGCUGUGUCGCGAGAUCGUCGAUCUACUGAAGACGGCGGACCGCUGCCAGUUGCCGUUGACCAAGUUCAUCCCCGCCUACCACCACCACUUCGGGCGCCAGUGCCGGGUCGCCGAUUACGGCUUCACCAAGCUGCUCGACCUGAUCGAGUCGGUUUCGCACGUGGUGCAGAUAAUGGGCGAGGGCACCAGACGCGUCAUCACGCUCACCCACCCCGCCCAGAUGCGCCGUUUCACGUCGGACCUGCUGCGCGUGCUCAAGGCGCAGCCCGCGAAGCAGAUCGCCGCCGUAGACUUUCCGGCGGCGUACGAGAAGGUGACCGGAAGACGGUUCGACCCCGCGGAAUACGGUCUGUGCACGUUCGUCGAUCUGCUGCGCGAAAUGGGCGAGAACACGCUUGUGCUACGCGAAACUUGCGACGGUCUGAUGAUCGCUGUGCCGAAACGCGAGCAAACGGCGGAGGAGGCGGCGCGCACCAAGCAAUUCGCCCGGGAGGCGGUCGACUUGCUGAAACACACGCCUUACUACACGAUGCUGUUCAACAAGUUCGUCCCCGCCUACCACCAUCACUUCGGGCAUCAGUGCCGAGUGUCCGACUACGGGUUCGUUAAGCUCGUCGAGCUGUUCGAGGCCAUCCCCGACGUGGUGAAGAUCGAGGAGUUGCCCGACGGCGAGCGAACCGUCAGCCUGACGGCGCGCGAAUCCCUGAAGACGCUGGGGGCCCAAGUGCAGGAGCUAAUAGGGCAGGACAGCGUGACCGUCGACGAGCUGGCGCAGCGUCACUUUCGAGAGUUCGGGUACCCGCUAAAACCGUCCGCGUUCGGAUGCUCCACCCUCUUCGACCUCGUCCUUCUACUAUCCGAUUACGUCGAGGUCGUCGACUGCAAUCGGCUUCGCGCAAUUCCGCAGGCCACGCCCACCGUGCUGGGCGUCCGAUGCUGGGGUCUCCUGCUGGAUCCGCCGCACUGCAAGGAGCUCGCCGUCCUGCGGGCCGAGUACCGCGACUUCUACAGGGGUCGGUUCUCACGCGAGACGCUUCUCCAAGCGUCGGAGAUGGUGUCGAUGUCGACGUCGGCGUCGGAAGGCGUCGAAUACGCGUUGCUGACCGCCAUCUACACCCUGGCGGCGCAACUGUUCCACGUGAUACGCACGAACGGCGGCCGCGUCCCCUUCAACCGCCUGGAACGACUCUACGGCCACGCCUACGGCAAACCGUUGAGACUGGCGACGUACCAGAUACGCGGCGAGUACGACUUUCGACGCCGUCUCGGCCUCGUUUUCCACGUGGCCGCCGAUCCCGACCUCGGCACCGUGGUCGCGUUGGGCGGGACCGUCGCAGAACAUCUGGAGCCGAUCUUGAACGCCCGCGACGCGAAAAAGUUUUCUCCACCGAAGCCGGACACGCCCCCCACGCCGUCGUCAUCGUGGAGUCAAUGGGCCUCGGUCCCGGGUAAUUCCAACGCGGUCGCAUCGAAUCUAUCGAUAAACAUGCCGAUUUCGCAUCACCCGAGACUGCUAGGCGACACGCACCAUCUGGUGUCGCCGGCGCGUCACCUGCUGCUCGCCGACCCGUGGCGCGGGUCCCCGCCCCACCCGUCCCAGCUUCCGCUGCCCGACAAGUUCCUCGGGACGUCGUCCGCCCCGCCCACCGUCGCGGACGACUCGCGCGACGAGUCUACCGACUCGGGCGUGAACACCAGGCUGGAUAAUUCGGACGAACCGCCGCGCAUGCGCACCCCCGAGCUGUGGCGCUCCUAUCUCGAGUUCCAGUGAGGUCCGAGGGGGCGUGGCAUCCCGCCGACGAUGCCAGAUCUCUUUCGUAUCCGUGUCGUUUUAUUUAAGGUUUAAAUAAGGCAAUCGAGAUCGUUUUUUUUUAUUUUUAUUGUCGUUUUAUGAUUCCCGUGACCACUUUCCUAUGUGUAUUAUUAUCAUUUUCGCUUUUAAAUUUGUCGUGCGAAGCAUACGUAUUCCGAGUCGAGAAUAAAUUUCUACGUUUU